AUGGCUGUGUGUGUCCCACCAGGUCACUCGGUGGUGCCAGUCACCUCAGUCGACGUACCAGACGGCUUCUUGGGAGCCGAUGAGCUGGAAGCUCGAUUCCCUUACGGCACCAGCGACGUUACCAAGUCGCUGGCAGUGGGCGUCCUCGGCCGCACCAUCCCCAGCCCACAGCACGUGACCGACCUCAUCCAACAGGGAGCCAACCCCAAUAUCAAGCCUCAGCUGAGGAAGAAGGGCAGCAAGGUUGAUGGGUUCGGCUACUCGCUGCUUACUCUUGCUGUCCACGACAAGGCAGACAACACCUUCUCGGCCAUCCACGCACGCCAGGAUGAUGACGAUGAUGAUGAUGAUGAUGAGGGUGAUGAGUGCCGCGUGGUCCUGCCGCAGUGGCCGUCUGAUGAGCUGCAGGCGGCCAUCAUGAAGGCACUCAUCGACGGAGGUGCAGACGUCAACGCGACAUACAGGGACGCCGCCAGCAGGCCCAUCUGGGUGACCAUCCGAUGCGGCAAUGAGGCUGCCUUCAAGCUGCUAAUGGCGCAGGGUGGCAUCGACCUGGAGAGCAUCUUCCUGAUGGCGCUGCCCCCAUCGCUGCAUCCGAUUCUCCCGCAGUAUCAAGAGGUGCAGCUGUCGAUGUUUCGGCACCUCAUCACACGAGAGCCCACCCUCGCCACCGAACGGGCCAACGGCGGCAACCUGGUGCACCACGCGGCCGGAUAUGCGUGGGGCCACCACUCCCAGUCCUUCAUCGACACCUACCUCGACCUCAUCACGGCGAACGGGGCCGACAUGACGGCAGACGAUGGCGGCCUUGGGGAGACGCCACUGCACUACGCGGCAGUGUAUGGCUCUCCCUACGUGGCCGACUACCUUUGCCGCAAGCUGCCCGCUGACCAGAUCAACAGACGGGACGGAGUCGGCGAGACGCCCCUCAGCAAGGCUGCCGAGAUGCUCGAUCACCGCACCCAACAGCUGCAGCUCCCCGACACACCCGAGGUCACCAGGGAGCGGUGGCGCGCCAAGAUUGACGACUUCAAGCUGGCCAUCCGCACCCUGCUGCGGGCGGGUGCCGACAUCACCACCAUCCCCACCAUCCCCACCAUCCCCACAGCCACAGAAAAGGACCGCCGUCAGCGCCAGCUGGUGCUGACGGAGUACCCCACGGUGCUCAACGAGCUGCCCACUGCCGUCAUGUCGGCCGUCAACGCCGCCCUCGCCCCCCACCGCUCCCUCGCGGCCCUCCUGACCCCCCGGCUGGCCGUCGGCCCGCAGGAGGCCGCCAUCUUCGGCUGGCGCAUCGCGUCAUACCUCUUCGACAUGGAUGCCGCCAAGGAGGCCAUCGGUGAGGCCAUCGGUGUGCGGCACACCGACAUGGCCCGGCGUGUGUGUGCGGCAGCGGAGCACUUCGUCCGCUCGGCAGUGUACCAGGCCAGUAGCAACAGGGAGGUGGUGGGCGGGACGGCCGAUGUGGGCGGCCAGGUGGUGCGUGUGCCGCAGCUGCAGUGCUUUGUGGUCGGCGGUGUGGGCGGCCGCAAGAUGGAGUUGCGUGAGGUGGUGCAGCGGGCCAUCGUGGACGAGGCGGCCAAGUGGGGGCUGACGGGGGAGAUCGACAACGGCUUCAGCAAGAAUGUGGCUGCGGUGGUGUGGGGGGCGGUGGGGUGGGUCGAGAGGGGGCGGGACGGGAGGGAGACAUUCAGAUCGCUGCAGCUGACAUGAGAUGCGGACACACAGAUUUGGGUGGCAGGCAGGUUUUGGUUGCUGUUUUUUUUUUCUAUUCCAACAUUGCCGUGUGGUGUUUUCCAUGACGUGCUGUCAUCGCUCAGUAUCCGUUUCUUUUAUGGCGCGUUAUGAUGACGCGUAACAUGAAUGUAUGUAUGUGCGUGUGUGUGUGCGUCUAGUGCUUCGGUGUCAAUUGACUUUUUAAGUACAUCAGUCCAACACCACAGCUCUCCGCGCACGAUGCAGUGAAGAGAAAAGGGCCACGAGAGAGUGACGCAGUCAGGCAGCGAUCUUGCGGCUUGGGCGCUGCACGAUGAACUACCGUUGACUACGCACUGCUCACACACAUACACGCACAGGCAAUGACAAACCAAACGAUCACUUUUCUUGGCGGAUAAGCCGUUCGUGUGUGUGGUUCGAGGUGUGGUGUGCGUGUGCAGGAAUGGACUUUUUGCCGACGUUUU